GAGGUGGCCGGAGCCGGCUGCUGCCUGGCUCUGCGGUUUGACGUGAGUCAGCAGAGCGGUGUGCGAGGAGGGAGCCUGAUGCCGGCCCCGCUCCCCGUCAGGCAGCCGGUGAGCCCAGGCCGGAGCGGGGCGGCGUGGCCGGCGGCGUAGCCGGCGGCGCGGCGUGACCAUGCAGGCGGAGGCCAGAGGGGAUUUCUGCGGCAGGGACCAGCGCCCCGAGCUCGGCAAGGAGGCGCUGGCCCCGGAGUGCCCGGCGGGGACCCCUACCCAUGGGCCAGCCCAGGAGACCCCCGGAGCCCCCGCGGAGGAGCAAGGUGGCAUCCCCAUCCCCAGCGCCGGCCUGCUGCAGGUCACCGAGCGCAGACAGCCCCUGAGCAGCGUCUCCUCGCUGGAGGUGCACUUCGACCUGCUGGACCUGACGGAGCUGACCGACAUGUCGGACCAGGAGCUGGCCGAAGUCUUCGCCGACUCCGACGAAGAGAACGCGGCCGGAGACUCGCCCAGCGGGCUGCAGCCGCAGGCGGUGCCGCGGGCCGGGUACCUGCGCUCGCCCUCCUGGACCCGAGCGCGGGAGCAAGGCCGGGAGAAGAAGCACCUCAGCGACCCGGAGCUGCCGCCGGGACCCCCGGAUGCCUUCCUGCCCGCCGAGCGGCCGCGGGAGCCCUAGGGGCUGCCCCGGGGGGACGGUGGUGGCGGUGACAGCAGGGACAUGGCAGGGGACACGCCAGUGCCGGUCGCUUCCUUGCGGCCCUGGCACCGUUGGAGCCCGUCCCCGCUGCGGCGGAGGAACCGGGGUGCAGGACCGGUGCUCGCCCGGCAGCACCGUGGACCGGCCCCGGGCAGAGGCAACCCCAGCCCCGCGGAGGGAGGCACGGGGCCGGCCAAAGCCGGUGGCCCGAUGCCUCCCCCCCGCGAAGGGACAACCGGCUUCCCCCCCCCUCCCCGCCGGGACCCGGGGCUGCCGGGAGCGGUGGCCCGGGCGAGUCGUGCCACCCAGCCCGGCGAAGCGUGGCCGGUGUCGGUACCCGCCCGGUUCUCAUGUAGCAGCGCUGUGUUCCGGUAAAACCGACCGAGCG